AUGGCCAACAACACUCCUCACCUCUCGCUCUGUGUUACCACAGAGGACUUUGAGAAGGUCGCCAAAGACAUUCUCCCAGAGAAGUCAUGGGUAUAUGCGUCAAGUUCGGCAGCCACUGGGCUUUCAAUGCGCUCCAACCUGGAUGACUGGUCUUUGAUUAACUUCCGUCCCCGAAUCCUGAGAAGAGUGGAUCGAAUGGAUACCAGGAGGUCCAUUUUGGGACACAGUUCACAAUUUCCAUUCUUUAUAUCAGCCAUGGGGACAUUGGGCAGCUCACACCCAGGUGCAGAGCCUUUGCUCGUGCGGGGAGCUACCCGGAAAGGCAUGCACACGAUGAUCAGUACGGCAUCCACAAAACCCUUGGAGGAGAUCAUGAACGCACAUCGAGAGGAGCAGCGUGCACUCAACAACCAGAGCCCUGCCAACCUGUCAUUCCAGCUCUAUGUCCCCGAAGACCGAACCAGAGCCAAGGCUCUGAUUCAGAGGGUGAAAGCCGCAGGGUAUCAAAGUCUGUGGGUCACCGUCGAUACCUCUACACUGGGCAAGCGUACCGCAGAUCGAUACCUUCAGGCGCAGGAAAAUCUCGAUGCAAGCCAGGCAGGAAAUGCGAGAGACAUCCACAGUGAGAAUGACUUUGCCCCCGCAUUUGGAGGUCGGCAGGUUCCCGGCUCGGUGGAUGCUGGGCUCUCCUGGGAGGAUUUGAAAUGGAUCGCCGAAGAGUGGAACGGUCCCCUCGUUCUCAAGGGAAUCCAAAGCGUGGAGGAUGUGAAGCUGGCGGUGCAGCAUGGCGUCCAGGGAGUCUUGUUGAGUAACCAUGGUGGCAGGCAGAUUCAUUCUGCCCCGAGUUCCCUGAUGACCCUCCUGGAAAUCCGAAAGUACUAUCCCGAAGCGUUUGAUAAGAUUCAAGUGUUUGUGGAUGGCGGUCUUCGCGAUGGGGCGGAUGUCCUCAAAGCCUUGUGUCUUGGAGCGACAGCUGUGGGAGUUGGUCGGCCAUACUACUAUGCCCUUGCGGCAUACGGCGCGGAAGGGGUGGAAAGGUGCACAGACAUUCUCGCGGAGGAGGUAGAGAUUACCAUGAAGAUGCUUGGAGUGACUUCUCUAGAUCAGCUUCGGCCAGAAAUGAUCAACACAAGUCGACUAGAGAACGAGAUGUGGCGGCCGGCGUUUGAAAAGGCCAAGUUGUGA